AUGGAAGAUACGAAGGAUGAAGAAUCAGGUGACUUUAAACCAGUCGCCUCUAUAUCUACAAACGAGUCUCUAUAUGAGAUUAUAGAUCUUCAGGCAUUUUUCUCCUCAAGUACUUUUGCUGCAGAGGAUGAUAAUAUUAUACAAUCAACUCCUUUGCCGUCUUCGAAUGAAAAUCCGGACAUUUUCAAUCCAGAGUCUUGGUCAACGCCAAAACCACUGGCGGUAUCUUAUGGGGACGAGGAACAACUCUACAGCAGUUACAUAAAUGGCUCCAUGUCGUUCGAGGAACUCAUAAAGCAACUUCACACAAAACCUAGCUUAGUUAAUGACAGAAAGGUCUCAAAAAAGUUUAACAUGAGACGGGAGCUGUCUGCUUCUAAAACUCGUAAAAGGAAAGCAGGAGAUGAAUUUGAGGAUCCUUUGUAUGAUCCUGAUUUUGCUGAAAGCGACUUCGAAGACGAAGCGCCUAGAAGAAAGCGGAGGACCAAAUCUUCAGCCCCACGCAAGAGGUGGGAUUUGAAGUUAGAACUGGCUAAUUACCUGGGCGAAGCCGAAAGGCACUUAAACAACGGUGAUUUCGUCAAGACUGAGGAGAUUUGCCUCAACAUUAUCAACUCCGCUCCCCAAGCUUCAGCUCCACACGUUGUUCUGGCCGACAUGUUCUACAGACAGGGACUUCGACAACAGUCACAGGAACACAUGCUGCAGGCAGCUGAAAGGAAUCCGAAGGACGCCACCCUGUGGAUGAACUUGGUCGAUUUCGCCGAGGACGACGGGGACCUUAAACGGGCCAUCGUCUACGCUCGGAAUGCAAUGCGAUGCUCGAGGAACGACUCGCAGGUGCGAAAUCGUUUGAUUGGGCUGCUGAUGGCAACCGGUCAGGAGAAGGAGGCCCUUCGUGUGCGUCUGACUGCCCUCCUCUUCGCCAAAGGCGUCGACUCGCGCAAAGUCUACAAUCAGAUGGUCAAAAUCGCCGAGGAAUUUGCGACACUUGGAGACAUAGGAGGCUGUAUCCGGACCUACGAACUCGCCUUUGAGAAACUUCCGGAAAUAUGUCCUGCUAAAGACCAACUCCGAGUGCUUGACCUGUUUCAAGAGGGGGAUCGUCCGGAGGAGUCGCUUAAGUUCUUCCUCAUGUAUUGGGGUGCCUCUCUCAUCUGCGAGAACGGACAGGUCGCAUCGCCGUAUCGCGUCCCCUCAAACACCACCGUCAUGGAAUCCAUUCGAAGGUGUGAGCUUGUGGAGGAUAUGGACUUGGCUGUGAUGAUCAGAUUCUUCAUUCUCAUCAUGAAGUACCAAUUGAGUGCCGUUAUCAAGGACCACUUAACUUCCCUCCUAUCGUCCAUCACUCCGAGUGACAUCCGCCGUAACGACGGUCUGUUCUUCGACCUGGCCAAGUCCUGCAAGGCCUCAGGUCUGAUUUCCGAAGGACUGACGAUUGCCAAGAAGCUCGCCGCUUCGCCGAAAACCAAAUCCGUGUGUUCAGUUUGUGCCUUCUUUCCUCGACUGAACGCGAAGGUUGUUUGCCUCCUUGGUGACCUUCAAGUGGAGGCCAACCUGCACGAGGAGGCCCUGUCCACUUACCGCCACGUCAUCAAUCGCAUCGACCCUCGCUGCACGGAGGCCAGGCUGGCACUGGGCAACCUGCUGCGACGACUUGGUGACGAGAAGGCCUCGCUCGAGGUUCUCGAACCGUCCCUCCUAAUGGCCCCGGCGAGCACCGACGUCCGAGGCAAGUCUGAGCAUCGCGCGUCCGGUGAUAACGAAGAAUCUGGCGACGAGGAAGACGAAGACGCUGAGGAAGAAGACGACGACGAUGACGACGACGCCGAAGAUGCGGAGCACACUUCAAGUGAUAGCGAUGGGGCUGGGGACUUGUACUCUGAAGUGGAGCGACUGAAUAUGGGAGACUCGCAUUCAAGCGGAGACAGCGACGACGACGACGACGACGACGGCACGGGCAAUCACAAGGCUGUCUCGCUUGCACCUAGCGUUGACACACGGCAGUUGAGUUCGGCGCGAAUGCUCUGCAACGACCCCAACGCCAUGCGACUCGCCUUCGAGCGAUGCAAACUCCUUGACUCUCCCUCUACUAUCGACCAAUUUCUCGAGGAAUCCUGUCGUCUCCUCUUCCACGAUGUAAUGCAAGUGUACUCCUGUGAUCGACCUGGGCCCGCGGUCAUGUUCCAGUACUACCUGACGAGGCACCCGUCUGUACAAGGGCUUGCUCACCUGGACGAGCAGACGGACCCAGCUCUCCGGGUCUCCUCCGAGGACCUCUGGGCCACGUGUUGCUGUCGCGUCAUCGAAGUCCUCAUCAAGCGGGCGGACUACGUCACCCUGGACAGGGUGCUCUCCUGGGCCUCCGUUCUGCCCUGGAUCGUGGAGACGCCCUAUCGCCGCAGAAUGAUCACCCACCUCUACAUCAGCAACGCUCUGCAGGUGGGCCAUGGCGAGAGUGCCAUGGAAGCUCUGCGCCAAAUCGAGAAAGAGUUUUCGCACUUAAAUCAGUACUGGAAUCUCCUCAACAUCGCGUCAACUACGUCGCGUGAGCUCCGACUCACAAGGUUCCUUCUUCGACGGAUUGCCAAGGCAAGCCCAUUUUUACGCGCUAACUUGGCCUGCCUCGGCCCUGCUGAUUGGGACAGAGAAAACCUCGGGGCUUUCCUUAUGAGCUGUGGUGACUGCAUGGCGCGGGGAUCGAGCCGCUACUCCAUCGCUCUCAUGGCUGACAUUCGUUCUCGCGUUCCCGACAAUCCCCUCAUCGCCCUACUACUGGCUGUUUGUUUUCUAAACAUUUCUGUCCACAAACACUUGUUUUCGCGUCACAAAACGGUGCUUCAGUGUAUUGGCUUCCUGGGUGAAUACCGGCAGUUGCGAGGAGAGUGUCAGGAGACCUACUACAACAUCGCGCGCGCCUGCCACCAGUGCAUGCUUGGCCACAUCGCCAUUCCGUACUACCAUAAGGUCCUCGAAAUGGAGCCCGUGGGGGAUACGGAAGAGGAAAAAAGGGUGAGUUUUAUGGCUUGUCGUUUGUCUUCACCACCACCACCACCACCACCACCACCACCACCACCACCACCACCACCA